GAUACCGUCAGUUGCUUUAUCCGGUCAAUGGCGUAUAUCAUCGGUCAUGGAACUGACGAACCUCUCGAGCAGCACAAGCUAAAAUCCGUCCACUCGAAUAGAGAUUUUCAAAUGUGAGGUGUUCACCUCAUUCGCCAGAGUUGAAAAUUUCACCAUACUUCCUUUGGGAGUGUUCAACGACUCAAUAACGACAUCUUUUGUGUGUCUGUACGCUUAAAAUUCCUCUUUGGGAAACGAAACUCGACUUCCUUGCGGGGAGAGAUCCGAAUAAGUGCGAUUUUGCUGCAAUUCAUCGUUGAGUUCUUGCUUUCUUGAAAAGCCUUUUGGAUAGGUCAAGGCAUUGUUUGUGCGUGCAAGUGUUUUCCAGUGUUGGAUAGCAAUUUUGUAUAUGUUUAAGGAUACCCAUGGUAUUUAGCAUCAAUUAAUUUCCAUAAAACUGCAGUGUGUGCAUUAGCUAGCAUCAGUCAUGCCAAUUCAAACGCCUCAGUGGACAGAAUUUCUUCAGUGCCCAAUAUGUUACAAUGAAUUUGACAAUCGUGACAGGCAGCCAAUCAGCUUGGGAUGUGGACACACAUUAUGUGUUUCCUGCCUGUCAAAACUGUCUAAAACACAGUGCCCAUUUGACCAGGCUUCUGUGGAAACAGAUAUAACCAAACUUCCAUACAACUAUGCUUUGCUUCAAUUAGUUGGAGUGGAAAUACCAGACAACGGGCUUCCCCCAAUUGACAGUGUUAAAGAAAAUGCCACUUGUUAUAGAAAAUCAACUAGCUGUAUUGAAAAGCUUGCCCUGUUCUUAAAACCUGUCAAUGGCACUGUCAAUGGUACAGUGAAUGGAAAUGUCAAUGGCAGCACCUGUAAUGGUUCCAUCAAUGGCAAUGGGAAUAACAUCCUAACCAGACCCAUGCAGCGGAAGCUUGUAACAUUAGUUAACUGUCAAGUUGCAGAGGGAGAUGGACGAACUAGAGCCAUGCGUGCGGCCAGGAGCUUGGGAGAAAGGACAGUUACAGAGCUCAUUUUAUUACAUCAAAAUCAGCAACAACUUUCAGCUAAUUUAUGGGCUGCUGUGCGGAAUCGUGGUUGCCAGUUUUUAGGACCAGCCAUGCAGGAAGAAGCUUUAAAACUGAUUUUGUUGGCUCUUGAAGGUGGAGAGGCUUUGUCGAGAAAGGUUUUGGUUCUUUUUGUGGUCCAGAAGCUGGAAUCUCAGUUUCCACAGGCUUCCAAAACAAGUAUCGGCCAUGUAGUGCAGUUGCUUUACAGAGCAUCCUGUUUUAAGGUUGAGAAAAAGAACAAUGAGUCUUCUCUGAUGCAGCUCAAAGAACAGUACCGCACCUAUGAUGCAUUGCGGAAAGAACAUGAUGCACAGAUAGUGCAAAUCGCAACAGAAGCAGGGCUGCGCAUUCUGCCAGACCAGUGGUCUUCACUUCUCUAUGGUGACAUGGAUCACAAGUCUCACAUGCAAUCUAUCAUUGACAAGCUCCAAACCCCUGCCUCAUUUUCUCAGAGCAUCCAAGAGCUGAUCAUUGCACUGCAGAGAUCUGGUGACCCUGGGAAUCUCUGUCAAAUGAGAGAACAGUUUGAAUUACUGUCCAAGAUUGAUGCAUCUCCAGAGGCAAUGUGUCCAGCCUGGAAUGAGCUAGAACAAGCCAUGGUUUCAGUGCAUUCUGUGGUCCAUGGACUGGUUGAUUUUUCAAAGUCACAUGGCAGAGGAAUGAAAGGAUCAGGUGAUCCACCACAACCACACAACAACAAGUUUAAAACUAGCAUGUGCAGGGAUCACACCAGGGGAGGAUGUCCGAGAGGUACCCACUGCACAUUUGCACACUCAGAGGAGGAGCUAGAGAAAUUUGGUAAGAGAAGAGCUCAGAGACCUCGCCCCUCACCCGUUGCCAGAGGACCAGGACCUUCUGUAGCACCAGAUCAGUUUUCACCCCUUGAAAAUGGUUGUGAUGGCAGUCCAACUGCUACCCAGGCUCCUGCAAAUGGUGUCAUUGGCUCUGCAAGAUCAUCUCCUCUUUAUAUUUCUUCUGGUGAUGUGCCACAGUCCACUAAUUGUUUUGUACCUCAAGCUCAAAUGGGUCGCCGUGACAGCCAGGAACAAAUUCUAGCACACAGAAUGAAGCAAGUAUCCUUGCAUUCAAAUGAAACUCAGUAUUCAAAUGGCUACUGUGGACAACGUCCCGCUUAUGAUCACUAUGUGUCUUCACCUGGAAGGGACAGGCAGCAGUUUAUCCAAUACUAUACUCCUCCGGCUGGUCAUCCUUCAGGUUCAUAUUCCAGUGUGGUUUCAAGGGGGAAGGAUGUUGCAGUGGGUGUUUUGACUCCACCACGAAGUUCUCCUUUGACUGUCCAUGAUGAAGGAUUGAAUGGCAUGGGGAACGGAUUGGCAAAUGGAUUGACAAAUGGGAUAACUAAUGGCAUGCCAAAUGUUUCAACAAAUGGCAUAUCAAAUGGCCACAUUGACCAUCACAUGGGCAGGGUUGAACAUCCUCCUCUUUACAAUGGUAGACACAGACUUCGAGCCUUGCCUCCUCAGCCUGCAAGCUAUCACACCUAUGAUCAUUCAUUUGGUGGCUUUUCCUCAGACUCGACACCUUAUUACAGUGCACCACAAGUAGACUACUACAGUUCGCACUAUUGUGGGAGACAGUUGUCGUAUGAACAAGUUCACGGUGUCGUGGGGUACCCAUUUGCACAUCGCGGUGAUUACCCCUACUCAAGGAUAAUUGACUACCCCGAUGCUAUGAUGCACAGAGGAAUUUUACAGCCAAGGAGUCCUUAUAUUCCAUCGGAUGUUAGUGAUGAAAAGAAUGACAUAUUAUCCCAGCGGAACAGCGAUGCAACCCUUGACUUUGAUCCCUCAGAAGUUUGGAGGAAGGACAAUGACAGCGGUGUCAGCUGUGGUUCGCCACUAAGCCACUCUCCUGCAGCUAGCCAGUCGUCAAACUCUAGCUUGUCACCAAGGCAACAGUCCCCAGUGGGGUGGCAACAUGGUAAUGAUACUGACAUUUGGAGUAAUGAAGACAGCAAUGGUUUCCCGUCGCCUUUAACCAUUACUGACUCGACGCAAAUUUGGAGCCCACCUCGUGGAAGUGAGCAUUCUCAGGUUCGCAAGUUAUGGCACCCACUUUAUGACUUGAAUGAUGAAUGGUCGAGCCAAGAGGAGCAGAUCAAGAAAGAUGAACAGUUUGCACGAGCUCUUCAGGAGCAGCUAAAGCAGGGUGAAACAACAUCCCCUCCGGAAACAAGAGGUAGCGAGUUGCCAUCACAGAGCCGUGACCCACAGGAUGUUCCCGACCGCGGCUUGACUAUUGACAGCUUGGAAGCCGAAGCCGAACUGAAGCGAAGAAAACACGAGGAACACAGGCGCCUGCUACAGGAACGCCGACAACUUCUCCAACAACAAGAGCGAGAAAAACAGGAACGUGACGACCGCAAACUUGCGGAAGAAUUGGCUCUCCGAGAUGCUCAGCAAGCCGGCAUAGUACCAGAUCCUCGCUGUAUCGUGAAGCCAUCUUUUGCUAACGUGAUCUCCCGCGGGGCCCCCAUGGGGCUUGGCUUUAGUGGCAAGGGGAGUGAUAUUCCAGGCGAGCAUGACCCAUUCCGUGGGUUGAGCAGCUACCGCAGCUCCUGUGCGUCCUCAUGGGCCGGAAGUGAUGACGUCAUGGAUGCUUCAAAGGUGACGUCAGGCUGUAAUGGAGAUAUCCGUGUGCAAGAGUGAAGUGUUGUUAAUGUUUAAAUAAGAAUCGUCAUUGUACAAAUUGCUAGCUUGAAUAAUAACUUGCAAGAGUAUUGUGGAUUAUGCAAAGAAUCAAACCCUUGUCGGUGUUUUGUGGAAUGUGUUCAUUUUUUACUUUAGCUUGAUUAUCUCCCAGUCUAACUGGAUAUUUCGUCUGGUCUUUUCGUAAUCGUUAAAAUGAAAGCACUUUUAAAGUGCCGGUCAGUAGUUAAGGUUUUCAGUGAAAUGUAUUCAUGGUUCGUAGGAAACUGGUUGUACAAGCUUGAAUAUGGAUUCUGUAAGCGUAAUGAUAGUGCCAGAACAAGUUUCAGAAGGUUUGAUUCCGAAUUUUUGUGCUGACUUUUUUUAUGAUAAUCGGGGGUUUGAAUAGUCAUUCACACUUCAACUCUUUCCCAGUCUCUUUCAAUCUUGUUUUUGGAAGGGAAAAACUGGAAACGAGGUUGAGCCUUAAGCGAGAAUGUUGUGAUGCUUGAACUGUUCACGAUCAAAAUACUUCAGAGCGGAUGAUUAUCACGUGAUGAGACUGCACGUAAACUAAUGUGAUUGACAUCAAAGGGUGAACUUUUUAUUAAUACAAACAAGGACAAGAUCGUUUGAAUCAAAAUGGUUAAUUUUGUUUGAUGUAAAUCUAUCUUGAAGAAAACAUAAUUUAGUGUUGAAGAUGAAAGGUCAGUCACUGUUCUCUGCUUGGAUCUCAAAGGCCUAAGCGAAGUACAGGUUUCCUCUCCAUUCUGAAAGAACAUUGGGAAAAGAAAAAAAAGUGGUAGAAAGCUCAAGAAUGAUUUGUGUAGACGAAUGCUUUUUAAUCUUUAGAAGGACAGCGACGUUUGUUGUCGUUGAUGAAUUAAACUGGACUCUUGUCUGGUGAAUAAGUGAAAAGCAUGUCUUUGUGUAUUCGGCCCAGGUGGCGGAAGGAGAUUUGAGAGGAAAAAUCGUAUUAUAUUAGCUCUUUCACUGACCGAAGGCAUUUGUAUAUUCUUUCAAGAAUCGUUUGAUUAACUCUUGACUACCGUGGUUUCCAUAGAUAAAUAUGUAUCGUAAGUAAAAAAAAAAAUUACUGUGAUUUGACUUGUUGACAAUUUAUCGUGUCGUGUAAAACAAUGGAUGUAUUUCGUCAUUUCAGAUAGAGUUAGUAUUAACGAAAAGAAACUGUCAAUUAACGUUGUCAAGUUAUAUUUUUGGCUAGGUCAGCGAUGAGAUUGUCUUGUUUAUUUUAUUUUAGUGAUUUAGUAUUGCCAUAUCUUCUGUAUGUUACUUUUUUCAAACAUUUGCUCAAUGGCUGUCCAAAUUUUUGGCAUUGUUAAUUUUUUAAACUUGUUAUUGCUAUUAUAUAUACAUAUUCAUGUCGUGAGGAAGUGGCGAUGAAUUCGUUUGGUAGUUAAUGUUGAAACUCGGUGAUGAGAAAAUGUGUUUUGUUUUUCUUAGCUGUAUAUUUAUAUUGCGUAGUUUGGGUUUGAGUUGGGGGAGUUUAGCUGUUAAAUUUUAGAUACAAUCUGCUCUGCUUUUUACCGUGAGUGCUUUCUAAAGUUUGCUAGGAAACGAUUUAAGUUAAUGAAUUAAGCCAAUCUUCACACAGAAAAAAAAAGCAACCAACUCUCUUUAAACUUUGGUUCAUGUUCUUAAAAAAAUAAUCCCUUUGAAUUCAGGUUCUCAAAUGCGUGUUAAUAAUACUCAAGAGGGUUUGAGAUUUUGAUAUUUAACGAAAUACCUCAGUGGCGUUAAUUAUUAUUCGCUCUGAUCUGUAGUGAUGGAAGGGUUUGUAAUUCUAAGAGUGGCGAUUUGAAGGCACUACUCAGCCUAUUAAUUAUUGCUAUUAAAAAGAAUUAUGUAUGAUAUUAGUACCCAUUAGAAAUAUUAAAUUGUAGGUCACGACAAUUUUGACCCCAAAAUUUAUUUAGCGCCGCAAGUGCGCAAGUGUGCGGUUCGCCACAUUUGGACAACUUGUCGUUUCUUUUCGUCGAAUGGCUUUCAUUUUUUCCCAGGGGAGGAGAGACUCCAAGUUGUGAAUGAAAUCAAAUGGAAGCCUAACUGUCGUAAAGCAACGGGUUGUUUGCGUCUUAAUUAUCAUGAUUCUAGCGCGAAGAAAAAAAAAAAAAAGCACCAAACGAUUGUAAACGCGUUGUUAUAGUAUAUUUUAAUGUACAAUAAAUUUGUAUCUUGUUUACCACUGGAAAAGGCUAAUAAAAGUUGGUGAUGUGA